UCCGUUUCUUAUGAUCAGGUUACAGGUGCUUUGAGGAUUUGAGUAGGUGCUCAAUAUGGCGGAGGAGAACACAUCACAGAUGAAAGAGGAGGUGCCAGAGGUAGUCAUAUUUGAUUUAUUUGGUGCUGAUGAUUGUGCAGCUUGCACCUUUCGACCCUACGAAGAAAAAGAAGAAGAAGAAGAACGUGGUGAUUCAGGACCCUGCAGAUGAGGUGGAUAAGUUGGCUGAGAAGACUAAGAAUUUAACAGUUGCUGAGUCUGGUGAGCCAAGCUUUGCUGGGAUGAAAAAGAAAAAGAAGAAACCAGUGGAAACUGAUUUCCUUAUUAAUGAUGAGAAUGGGAAACUAGAGAGGAUGUUGCUGGUAAGCAGUGCCUGUCAUGCAUGAAAUAUGUAGUUUGUAGUUUGUACUUUGUAAAGG